CAGCAGCAUCGUGACCAUUUAACACAGCGCUGUACAUAAAGUGCAGCUCCAGUUUAAUUGGCUCUCUCCUCUCAAGAUGUCCUCAGAUAUUUAUGCCACACCAGAUUUAUCAAAGAAGGUGAGAUACAACAGAGAGGUGCAGGAAGACAAAGUUGAGUGGGAGGAAAGGCAGGUGGAUAUCUACGAGAGUACAGACGCUAUCUGGAAUAAUCACACUGAUAUUCAGUCACUCGAAGGAGGACCACACACUGAGAAGCAUCCUCCAGCCGUCCAAAGCAGGCCUUUCAGGGUUGCUGCAUAUUGUCUAGGAGCGCUGUGCCUCGUGAUGAUGACAGGAAUCAUCCUCUCAUCUGUACUCUUCACUUUGGGAAGAGACAAGCUGCAGAGCAGAUAUGACCAACUGAGCAAAAACUACAGCCAGCUCCAAAGACAAAUUUCAAAUGUAUCAGUCCACUAUAGUCAGGUACAGGAUGAAGUGAAGCAGCUGAAGGACAAAAUUGAAGGGAAGUGGUGUCCUGAUGGAUGGAGCAAAUUUGGAUGCAGCUGUUACUUUAAAAUGAAUGAAGAGAAAAAUUGGGAUGGAAGCAGAGCUGACUGUCGGCAGAGAGGAGCAGAUCUGGUGGUCAUAAACAACAAAGAGGAACAGAAGUUUGUCACUGAGCUGAAUGUGCAUGGAGAGUCCUGGAUUGGUCUACAGGAAACAUGGACAGGGGGAAGAUGGGAAUGGGAACAGAAAUGGGUGGACGGAUCACCGCUGACAGAAAUGUUCUGGGCACCAGAACUACCAACCCAUGAAGGAUAUCGGCACGCUGCAACAUGCUGCAAUGACCAAGGACAAUGGACACAGAGUCUACAUUAUGUGUAUAAGAACUGGAUCUGUGAGAAAUAGAUUUCUUGUAUUCUUGUAUUGGGUGGUGUUGCCAUCAGCUUUGCCAGUUCAGACCAAUAUACAUUUUACAUGUCUUUAUUCUGUGCCGCAUGCUAAGUAACCUGAUUACACAGAUGCUCCUCUUUCCUUUAUAGUGGACAAUGUGGUUGGAAGUCUUCCACACAGAUUUACAUGGGCACUUACUCUGUAGUCC